AUGAUGAGCAAGUUCUUCCAGCGUGGUGUUCGGACCACUCAUUGUGUUCUAUUCCGACACCACCACGGCUGUUCCCGUGCGAGCUCUCCACUGUAA